UCCGCGACAGUUUCCCGAGAUGCUUAGUUCCUGAGCGGCACAGACGAGAGUUAGAACGAAGGCAAGAUGGCGGACGUACUGGAUCUUCAUGAGGCCGGGGGCGAGGAUUUCGCCAUGGAUGAGGAUGGGGACGAAAGCAUCCACAAACUAAAGGAAAAAGCGAAGAAACGGAAGGGCCGCGGCUUUGGCUCCGAAGAGGGGUCUCGAGCGCGGAUGCGUGAGGAUUAUGACAGCGUGGAGCAGGAUGGCGAUGAACCUGGACCACAACGCUCUGUUGAAGGCUGGAUUCUUUUUGUCACUGGAGUUCAUGAAGAAGCCACCGAAGAAGACAUCCAUGACAAAUUUGCAGAAUAUGGGGAAAUAAAAAACAUCCACCUCAACCUGGACAGGCGUACAGGAUACCUGAAGGGGUAUACUCUAGUUGAAUAUGAAACGUACAAGGAGGCCCAGGCUGCUAUGGAGGGACUCAAUGGCCAGGAUUUGAUGGGACAGCCAAUCAGCGUGGACUGGUGUUUUGUUCGGGGUCCACCAAAGAGCAAAAGGAGAGGUGGCCGAAGGCGCAGCAGGAGUCCAGACCGGAGGCGUCGCUGACAAGUCCCCUGUUGUCCAGGUGUUCUCUCCGGAGAUUCCAGCCUUGGAAACAGAGGGCUGGGGUGGAGCUCGCUGUUUGUAUUUAAUCUCUUACCCCAUUUCUUAGUAUUUCUUUUGAGUUACGAAUAAAUGUCCCAUUUUUGUUUUCUACAUUUAAA